AUGCAAGCGAUCUACGGCACCUACAACAAGAAGGAAGCAAACGAGGAGUCGCUGAGGAGAUGGUGGGCGGAGUAUGCUGACCGCAAGAACGACGAGACGGACGAGUACGUGGCCAACUCUCUGCUCUACGACCGAAACCACCUGCCCCGCUCCGCACCCGCCCCGGACUGUGUUUCCAGGCCGAGCGUGCUUGCGUCGGUCGCGGCAGACGUCGUCCCCUCCGUGGCGGCCCUGCCCCAACCCGUUUCCGAAGUGGGUUUGCAGCAGGGCAGGGAUUUGGAACCCCAGCUGCCAGCUGCGGCGGCAGUGCUGGUCCCGAGCAAGAGGACCUUGGAGCAGAACUGA